GCGGCGCAUGCGCCAGAGGGCGGGUGCGAGCUCCUGGCGACUGCGCAGGCUGGGCCGUCCCAGCAUCCUCCAGUGCAAGAUGGCGCCGCGGGAAUCCCUACCACAGGCUGUCUGAGGGAGCGUCGAGCUACUGCGUCUGCCGCCGGGUUCCAGCCCCGCGUUGCUCCACGAGAAAGCAGAGGCCGAGCCCGGGCGGGUGCGAUGGCCGCUGUGGUGGCCAAGCGGGAGGGGCCGCCGUUCAUCAGCGAGGCCGCUGUGCGGGGCAACGCCGCCGUCCUGGAUUACUGCCGGACCUCGGUGUCGGCGCUGUCAGGGGCCACGGCCGGCAUCCUCGGCCUCACCGGCCUCUACGGCUUCAUCUUCUACCUGCUCGCCUCUAUCCUGCUCUCCCUGCUCUUAAUUCUCAAGGCGGGAAGGAGGUGGAACAAAUAUUUUAAGUCGCGAAGACCUCUCUUUACAGGAGGUCUCAUCGGAGGCCUCUUCACCUACGUCCUGUUCUGGACAUUCCUCUACGGCAUGGUGCACGUCUACUGAAACGUGGGCAGGGAUGACUUUUUAAAAAAAAAAAAAAAAAACAGAUUGGGAGGACUGUUGCCAGAAAUUAACACCAGGUAGACUUACCUAGUUUUUAAAUUGUUGGAGUCGCCGCUUGUCCUGUAACGUUAUAAAUAAUUUAUAUCUUAGAACGAAGAGCCUGUACUGUUCUUCAGAUUAAAUGAAGCGUGAGACCCUU